AUGUCACCAAAGAGAAGCAUCAUCGUCACCGGAGGGGCCUCAGGUAUUGGUCUGGGCAUUACCAGGCACUUUAUCUCACAGCCUGAGACUCACAUCACCAUCCUCGAUAUCAACCCAAAAACCGGUGCUCAGACACUGCAGGAACUUCGAGCCGAACAUCCAUUGGCUAGUGUCUCAUUCGAUGAAUGCGAUGUGUCCUCUUGGGAAAGCCAAACUGCUGUAUUCGAGAAAGUAUACGCCGAGCAAGGUAGAAUCGAUAUUGUCUUCGCCAAUGCGGGGAUUACCGAGAAGGGAAGCUUGUUGCCCGCAAAGCAUGAUGGCAACGAGGGGCCACCCAAGCCAAACCUCGCGACCUUAAACGUGAAUUUAGUGGGAGCUAUAUACACUGUUCAUCUUGCCAUCCACUACAUGUACAAAAACGCGGCAAGUGACCCGACAGCUUCUUCAAACGGACUGAUCGUCUGCACUGCCUCAAAUGCAGGCCUGUACCCAUUCCCUAUGGCGCCUAUGUAUGCAACAACCAAAGCUGGUGUAGUCAACCUCGUACGAUCUCUGGCUCGCCCACUGGAAGCUGAAAAGAUCCGAAUCAACGCAUUAGCUCCUGCUGUGAUCGCAACGAAUAUUGCGCCAAGUAAUGACUUGUUCAGGUCGAUGAUUCUAACGCCGAUGUCUACUGCAACAAAUGCAGUGGCACAACUUGUAGGUGAUGAGUCGUUAACGGGCAAGAUUGCGGAAUUACACGGUGAACAUGUCACCUUUGCGGAGCCCCCAGCCUAUGUGGAUGAAGAUACUGAGAAGAAUAUUGAGAAUUUUUGGAAUCUGGGAUAUGCAUAG